ACAGUGCCACUUUGCGUGCGUCUGUUGCAUAGUCUGGUACCUGCUGUCCGAUUUGUCCGUUAUGCGAUCAACAAAGUCUGUCAAAUUUCCCCUUUUUUGAGUUCCGGGGUACUCUUGGGCAGAGUGAAGUGGGUAUAUGACAACAACUGAUAUUUACCACUAUCUAUAUUUAAUUCCGGCUGCUUAAAUUACAUAUUUUAGAAAAACAGUGUAUUAUAUUUUGAGUUCAGGCAGAUCAGGCAAUUCCGGAUUUUACCCACACCCCAUUCAUAUGCGUGCACCAUGUACCAGCAGUGAUAGGGCAAACAGGAGACAACUUCUGCACAGAAAAGAAAGAAGUGACUUCAAAAUGCUACCAAGUUGCAGAGUAGGGCUGCUCGUCCUGACAGCCCCUGUCCACCAGCUCAACGGUAGAAUAAGCCCAAUUCUUAACUAUGCCGCAACUCGUAUUCAAGAAACACUCUAUGUCCAACUAUAUCCAGGAUUAGAGAGUGAUUCUGUUGGACAAUGCAAAUCCAGUGUUCUUCCUGUGACACAGGACAUUUGUGCAACCAUCUCAGCCAUCUAUGCCAAGUCCGCUCUGCUGUCUGGUCAAGAUGUCCGUAUUCUACUCAAUAACUUUGGAAACAGGGCUAGAGUCCUUGCCCCGCCAAGAACCCUCCCGAGGGAAGUCGGGUUGAUAAUGACAGACUGUGAGGCAAAGGGGAAGCUACAAGACUUACUUACUUCGUGGUUUGUCUUGCCAACAAAUCCUGAGCUUGAGGUGAUUAGUGAGAAUGUGUGGUCUAAAUCUCAACAAACUAACGACAACGAGAAGGAUGGUUCAAACGACUCUACCAAUAGAGGAACUAAACUCGUUGACACGUCAGAGGUUAAGACCCACGGACAUGUGGUGCUUGGUGGAACCUUCGAUGGCAUUCAUGUUGGACACAAGAUUUUAUUGAGUGAAUCGGCCAUCAGAGCAGAAGAUAAAAUAACAAUUGGGGUGACUGAUGGACCUAUGUUACAACGUAAGAAACUACCAGAGUUAAUCCAAGCUCUUGAUUUUCGUCUUUCAUCGGUGCGUGACUUCCUCAAAGACGUCAAGCCACACAUCCUCCACAGUGACUCUGUCGUCCCAAUCACAGACCCCUUCGGACCGAGCAUCGUUGACCCAGAGAUGAGCUGCAUUGUUGUCAGUGAGGAGACAAGAGGAGGCGGGAACUCGGUCAACAAAAGGAGGAAAGAAAAGGGCCUGUGUGUACUAGAUGUACAUGAGAUCCCGCUCAUUGAAGACAUAAACCACGCAGCAAAUGAAGAAACUAAAAUCAGCUCAUCCUCUCAGCGGAUAAGACGUCUUGGGACUCUUUUGAAGACUCCAGAGACAAAGGACCUACCCGUUACUCCUUAUGUUAUCGGACUAACAGGAGGCAUAGCAAGUGGUAAAUCUUCAGUGUGUAGGAGAUUAGAAGGACUAGGUGCUGCUGUGAUUGACUGUGAUAAACUGGGUCACAAGGCUUACCUUCCUGGUACUCAAGGAUUCCGUAGGGUGGUGACCGAGUUUGGACAAGAUGUGGUUGGAUCAGAUGGCAGCAUCAACAGACGAGCAUUAGGAGCUAAAGUCUUCAAAGAUCGCUCUCGUCUUGAUCGUCUUAAUCAGAUUGUGUGGCCAGAGAUCGCUAGUAUGGCCAAGGAAGAGAUAAGGAUCCUCGGCAAUGGUGGAUGCUUAGUUUGUGUCUUGGAUGCAGCGGUAUUACUUGAAGCUAGAUGGGAGGAAUUCUGUCAUGAAGUUUGGUCAUGCAUUAUUCAUAAGGAUGAAGCGUUGAAGCGGAUCCUUCAGCGAGAUCGUUUACCUGAAGAGAAAGCCAAGCAGAGAAUAGAGUCUCAGUUGAGUAAUCAGGAGAGAGUGGACAACUCGAAUCUUAUCUUCUGUACUCUGUGGGAACCAGAAAUCACUCAGAAACAGGUAGAGAAGGCUUGGACAAGUCUAAUGGAGAGAUUACCAGAACAACAGCAGCCAAAACCUAAGCAGCCUAAACUAUGAUGAUGUGUGUCAAAGAAAUAUUUGACCCCAAAAUAGAAUUGACUCAAAUAUCUAUUGGGAGACUUUGGAACGCUAGGUGGCAGCAGACUUACCAGGUAAACUUCCAAUGUUUCUGUUGUUCUGAGCAUAAUAUGCACAUAACCAAGAACUAUGGAUUUACCUUUUAAGUCUGCUGCCACCUAGCGUCCCAAAAGUCCCCCAUUGCUUCAGUGUCACAAUUUGGAUUAAUGGAACAAAAAAUCAGCUCAGAUUUAUCAGAAAUUUUAGGAAUCAUAAGAGCUGAAAUUUUGUAUUUUAUGACUGUUACUUAUUAAAUGUGCAAAUUUAACACAAAUGUACAAAUAUUAUUAACAUGUGCAACUGAUUUUCAAACAAUAAUGCUUCUUUGAGUUCGUGAGACUUUAUGUUAUAUUUUAUAUUUGCAAAUUUGAAGAAAAUGGUAACAAGAUUUGAUGAACUAUGAUGGUGAACAGUGUUAUUUGGUUUUCUUAUUACAGCUUAUAUUUUCAAAAAGGUAAACUUCUUCAAUCUUAAAUCAAUGACACAAGUAUUCUGUAAAUGCUGGAAAAAGAUGACAAAUAAAGUGCCAGAAAUGGCAAGACAGAAA